GUUACCGCCUCAGUCUCAACAGUCAGUGAUGUAUCCAGCAGGCCUGGCCACGACGCUGCUGGCGCUGCUGGCGAGAAAUGUCACCUCCAGCCUCGACUGUGUCUGCAACGACAUCGACUACGUCACCGACGGAAUCUGUGAUGGUGAAGGAGUGAUCUGGAAGAUUUACUGCGAAGGUUUCGAUGAUUACUGGGUGCACGAGACGUGCGAGACCCUCGCACCGCCGUCCGUGGCAGCGCUGGCCCUGGCACGCCUGGUGCCGCGCAGCUGGAGCCGCGGGCUUUCCCCACCAGUGGAGUGGGAAGCCCCGCGACCUGCGGGGGGAGUCCCGCGGCCUACAGGGGGAGUCCCGUGGCCUGCAGGGGGAUCCCCGAGUCCCACGGCAGAAGAGGGGUGCGGCGGCGCCCUGGCGGCGUUCCGCGGCCUUCAGGGACAGCAGGCCAGGGAGCUGUUCUAUAUAGACAUCCCGUGCCACAUCGCUACCGACUGCAUCGACUCCUGCCGUGUACACGGGUUGAACGACGUGGAAUGGAACUUGGGAACGCUGCCAAAUGAUCAUCUGAGGGACAGUAUUCUUUCCCCUUUAAUGCACGCUGUUCGGCGCAUCACAAGAGCCAUUAUCGUCAGGAGAUGGUGCUAUUACCGACGACAAAUUAAGUUUUCUGUCCGGCACUUGAACAAAACUGGGUUCCUGGAACGCUACUCCAGCUACAGGCGAGAGUCCGCGCAGCUGCUCUCCCUCGGUGUGACGCAUCUCUCACACCUGUUCAUUCCCCUCGCUUUCGAACACAUGGGUAACCAUAUGAGUGAUGAACUACUUCCUGGAUGGAUUAAGAACGUAAAACGUGUGAGAGACAUGUUGCACACAAAAUUAAGAGGCUGGGUACAAGAUACGCAAUUCGUCAUCGACCAGACAGUGAAUUACAAGAUUGAAGAGGACAAGAAUAGUUCUGGAAAGUAUAUUCUCAGGCGGCCGCUGUUGAGUGAUGCGCUACUGGUCUACCAUGGGGAGUAUCUCUCCUUUCAUGACGACUUCAGUGAGCUGUGUGAGGUGCAACAUCCAGAGGCUUCACAAAUGUUCGGUCUCGCCGAUGCACUGUACAACUUCUAUCAUCGCUACUGGUAUGAUAGAGCACUGGACUACAGAUCACUGGACUUCAACCAAAAAUAUAAAUAUUAUACCAAGACCGUGGAUGAGGAGUGGCAGCUGGAAGACAGAAGCAACGCUACGCUCUACGUGGACACUGGCUGCGUGCAGCUGUUGGUGAAUGCCCUGGACCAUCCCACGUGCCCACUGGAAGACCUGCCACCAGAGAGGAUCGAGCAGCGUGAUCAGUGCCGUGUGCAACUUUGGGACGACAUGGUGCAGAGGUCACCCCACAUACCUGUGACCAGCUACCUGGCUUACACGCAGAGGGCAAAUAUCAACCUCUGCCUCUUGGCCUGGAUGACUGUCAACUCACACAGCAUUUGUGAGGACGUCCCCUUUAGAGUGUAUAUUGCUCCAGAUAGCAACUGUGUGAUAACUGAAUUGAUAACAACCAAUAAUGAAGUAUUAUGGAGAAAACUUGAAUCGAAUAUCCUUAAUUACCAAUAUUCUGGAAUCAAAGAGAUACAAGAUAGUACAGACUAUUAUGAACUGUGA